UAUGAAAAAAACACAAAAACAAAUACAAGAACAUUUUGGGAUUCCUUUUAGUUAAAUUCCAGUGUAAUUUAAUGUUUUGUUUAGAAGUGUAAAUCAUUUUAGUGUGUUAUUUUGCAUAUACAUUGCGUGACAUUUUGUUUCCUUUCGAUUCUAUAAAUAUUUUAUUAAAGCAAAAUGGAGAUGAAUAUUAUUGACCACAGCGAUUCUGAUUCUGGAGAAAGUUGGACAAUUCUGGAACCCACGCCUGAAUGUACUGAAGGAGUAUUGCAACUUUCACAAAAUACGAAUGAAAGGUUUCCAACUUUGAUCAAAGAAAAAGACGAAGAUACUGAUGGCAUAUCAGUUAUCAGUGACAGUGACCAUGAGAGUCCGACACAACACAAAUGCAUAGAUGACAACUACACCACAGAAGAUGAAAUGUUACUGGACAAACAUGAUCCCAUGCAUGCAACAGAUGUGACACAAAUUACACACUUUAAUGAAAACAUUGAUAAAGCUUCAAGAGAUGACAAUGAUUAUAUCAUGGAAAGUAAUGGUAAACUUAAAACAUAUGUUCACAGAAGAAAUAAGAGAUUAAGUACUGUUCUUAAUGUUAUCAUGUUGGGAAGUGUUAUCACUGCUGCAGGAGUGGCAAUUGGACACAUGUGGGGUGCCAAAAAUGAUUGUACCAUGCACCAUACACCUUCUGUUAAUAAAAUUUUAUCCAAUUUAUAUAAACUGCAAGAAGAAAAUGCUUAUUUAAGAAGUAAAUUGAAAGAGCUAACAUUUAUGAAUAAUAUACAAAUGCAACACCAAAAGUCACCAAUCAAACGCUGCAAGAAAGUCUUUGAAGAACCUUUGAAUAGUAAUAAUCCUAAUAAAUACACUAAAUGUAUUGAUGAACACCCUAUUGAACAUGAAAAAGUUUUAGAUUCUCAUUUGAUAGAACCAUCAUUUGAAAAAGAGUUUUUGGUUGACUUGAACAAGCUUAAAAACAUAUACAAACAAAAUAAAAGCUGGUUGGAUGAAGAAAUUGCAAAAAGAAUUAAACAUGAGCGACAGCAAUUGAAAAACAAUAAAAUUCAGAUAAAACCGGAGAAAACUAAUACAGUUGAAGAAGAGAAUAAAACAAUACUAGCUGAAGACACAAAAAUACUACACAAUGAUAAUAAAGACAAUUUAAUGUUAGUCUCAGAAACCUUUUCUAUUGAUUCCAUUGAUGACCAAAAGGAAUUAACUGGUAAUAAGAAGAUUUCAUAUGCAGAUUCCCUGAAAUCUGAAAAGAAUAAAAAUAUACAAAAGCGUGAGGUUGAUAAAAAAACGGAAUACAAUGAACAUGUCAGCAAAAAAAGAGUAAGGAAAAUCUAUGAACCUAAUCUGCAAAUUGUUACAAGUGAAGAAGAAAUUAAAAAGGAUGACAGAUAUAACUGUCAUAAAUGCAGAUAUAAUAAGAGAAAGACGGAAAAAUGGCGUAGAAAGCAAAAAGGACGCAGUAGACAAGAACAGUUUGAUAUAAAAGGUCUACUGAAAGAUUAUGACAAUUCCCAAGCAUUUCCAGAAAACCAAUAUAUAGAUUUAGAUAAAAAACAGCCAGCGAAUGAUGGUACGGAAAAAACUAAAUUUGAAAAUCCAGAUAACUUAAAAGAUAGCAAUAUAAAAUUGAAAGAGAAGCCAAAUAAAAAUUUGGAAAAAGAUGAAAAAAUUAACUGGUACGAAAAAAGAGCGACGCUAAGAAAAGAAUACAGAAAUAGACUCCAACAGGAGUUAUUUGGUGAGAAAAGUUUAAAUAAUUCCGCAUGGUACUUUCGUCGUAUGAAAAAACGUGAACAAUGUAGAGCCAAGGCAGGCAAUGAUACCCACAAGAAAACUUCUAAACUUAACAUGAAUUUUAAAAUAAAAUAUUAAAGCAUUAUACUUUCACGUCAAUUUUAAUAUUUCUUUUUUUUUUAGCAGA